AUGGGCAUUACUGACUGGGCCGACAAGAAGGAUGGCGCUUUCAAGCGCCAGGUGUCGAGCUUCCGCGACCACAUUGAGCCCAACGGCCAGUUCCCGCCGGAGAAGGACCGCUACCACCUCUACGUCUCGUACGCAUGCCCCUGGGCCCACCGUACCCUCAUCGUUCGCAAGCUGAAGGGUCUGGACGAGUUUAUCGACGUCUCCGUUGUCCACCCUCAGAUGCUCGAUGGCGGCUGGCACUUUGAGACCCCUGAGAACGCCGAAAAGGAGGCCAAGCCCGCCUCUGCCCACGACUUUGACUCGUUCCCCGCUGCGACUGCCGACAAGCUCCACGGGUUCAACUAUGUCUCCGAGCUGUACAAGAAGGCGCAGCCCGACUAUGCCGCUCGCUUCACCGUCCCCGUCCUCUGGGACAAGAAGGAGAACACGAUCGUGAGCAACGAGUCGGCGGAGAUCAUCCGCGACUUGACUCAGGCGUUCGACUCGCUCCUUCCCGAGGGCGCUGCCAAGGACCUCGACCUCUACCCCGAGGAGCUGCGCGGCGAGAUUGACUCUUUCAACGAGUGGGUCUACGACGGCAUCAACAACGGUGUCUACAAGUGCGGCUUCGCUACGUCCCAGACGGCCUACAGUGCUGCUGCCGAGCAGCUCGCCAAGUCGCUGGACCGUGUCGAGGACAUUCUCUCGGAUGGCCGCGACUACUUCAUCGCAGGCCGCCUGACCGAGGCCGACGUUCGCCUCUUCACCACCAUUGUCCGUUACGACCCCGUCUACUAUGUCCACUUCAAGUGCAACUGGGGUCUUAUCCGCCACGACUACCCCAACAUCAACCGCUGGCUCAAGAACCUUUACUGGAACAACCCUGCGUUCAAGGACACCACCAACUUUGAGCACAUCAAGGAGCACUACUACUACUCCCACGCGCAGAUCAACCCGUACAGGAUCGUCCCGUACGGCCCCAACGUCGACAUUGAGCCCCUCGACGACAGCAAGCGCAAGCGUGGUGACGCCGGCGACGGCGCCAACAAGGCUGCCAAGAACGCCUAA